CAUUGAUGAACUUCGCACACACAAAGUUCAUUAUUGUGUUGUUCACCAGUAUCUUGGAAUAUGGCUUCAGGAAGAUGGGAAACAAAAUUCAACAAUUUGUUCACAGAACUGGAACAUUCAUGGAAUUUAGAAGUAGCUAACGAUCCUGACAGAAAAACUGGGUGGUCAAGACUGCUCUACAAAGGACAGGCAACCUUCGAAUGCAGCAACGGCAAAUGCGAAAAUAAAUGGAAUUGUGUUAAUAGUGGUCUUGUAUUUUAUUAUCGAUUAUCUGGUUUUGGCAUUGAGCGACAUGGGGAGGUGAAGUUAUUCAUAGGAGGGCAAAAGUGCAUGCUAUGUAGCAAUGAUGUAUUUGAGUAUCCUGAAUGGCAGGAUUCAGAGAUAGAGUUUGCAAUUGCAAAAGUAUUGAAUGAAAUAAAACAGAAGGUUUAUGAUAUAAGCAGCAGUAAUCUCAGAAAUAUAGAAGAAGACACCGAAAAACAAGCAUUUUUAACUGGCUUCCAUCAAAAGUUUUUUGCACAUCUGUGUCAGUUGUGUUCCCUGGGAAUCUGCCAGAAUAUUGAAAGCGGUCCAAGUCAAUGUUAUCCUCUGGAGCGACCUCGUGGUUUCGCACUUAUAAUCAACGUUAAAUCAUUCUCUGGUACAACUGAGAAUGGGGUUGCUUUACAAGAACGAAAAGGUUCUGACAUUGAUGCAAAGAGAUUGAAAGAACUUUGGGAAAAACUUGGUUUCAUCGUGGAAUAUGAUGCCAUCAGUCGGAAGGCCCAUGAGAUUAGUACAAUCCUCCAGGACAUGGUAAAAAAUAUUGAUAGGCAAGAAAAUUCAAAAUGUUUUGUGUGUUGCAUCAUGACACAUGGUGAUAUGGGUAGGAUAUACGGUUCAGAUUCUAAGCAUCUUGAUAUAAAGGAUAUUAUUGACAUGUUUAAAGAGGUCAAGUGCAAAGCCUUAGCUGGAAAGCCAAAGAUCUUUUUCAUCCAAGCUUGUAGAGGUAGUAGAGUGCUUUCAAAUCGUUUUCUUCCUGAAACUACAGCAAGCAAGAAACCCUCAAUUAAUGAUGACACUACAUUUGGAUCAGAUCUGAGUGAUACUGCAACAUCUACUGCAAGUAGAGGUUGCGAAAUCAUGGGAUCACGUUCUACCACAAUACCCAAAAAAGUACAAUCACUGGCUAUCGAUGAUGGCAAUUACAAAGCAAUCGAUGAAGGUGAUUCACCUCUCCAUUAUAUUGAUUAUGAGGAUGAUCAAUUUCGCAAAUUUGCGGAUCCGAACGAGCCUCAUUUUCUGCUUGGAUAUUCAACAGCUCAAGGACACGUAAGUUUCCGAAGUACUCACGAGGGAACUUGGUACAUCAGUGCGUUGGUUGAAGUAUUCAGUAAAUACCACCAGUUCGAAGAUGUCUUAUCGAUGAUGAGCGAAGUUACCAAUAUUGUGUCAAAGAAAUACACCGAAUGUUAUCAAAAGCAAUGUCCUGCACCUAUAUCUACACUCGUUAAGAAAGUUUACCUUUAAGGGCUAUUCACAUAUAAGCCUCGUUACCCGAGAUUUUCUCCCAUGAUUUUAAAGUAUUAAAAAAUGUCUUUUUGAAACCAUGCAAACACAUGAUAUCGUUAGGAAGAUUCCACGAUUACCUCGAAGACCAUUUUAAGCUUCGUUAUAAUUCCCGCUAAUAGGGCUAAUGUAAAAGCUGAGGAAACAAUGAAUUUCCAGUGAGUUGAG